CUUGUUUAAAGUUAGCUGUGUUUCUGUUUAAGUUUUUCCGGUGUGUAGUUUUCAUCUAUGUGUUUGUUUUAUUUGCCACACAUUGCUAUGAAGUCGUUAUAGCGGGACCAUCUUCACUUGCAGCAGGAGUGGAACUGUCACUCAGUAGCUGGGGAGGCAGAGCCGCAGCCUUGUCCAAAGAGGUCACAGACAUUGCAAAGGUCCAGGGUUGCUCUGAAGGCGGGACACGCCCUACGUGGCGGAGAUGACACGUCCCCUUAACAUCGCCUUGCUAAGCCUUCUGCUGUGGUGCCUAUUGCCGAUGCAUAUUGAUGGACAAAAACUGGGGGUGCGUACACAGGGGGAUCCUUCAGAAGGCUGUGGUGGUAGAGACUGCACCGUGUGCCAGUGCUUCCCAGCUAAAGGAGCACGGGGUUCUCCUGGUGCUCUGGGGAAUCAGGGUCCUCAGGGCCCCCUUGGUUUUCCAGGUCCCCAAGGCCCCCCAGGGGAGAAGGGUCUCCGUGGUGAUGAGGGCUUCUCUGGUGGUCCUGGUCUGAAAGGAGAUAUGGGCAGUGUAGGCCGAGCUGGAUUCCCUGGCUUGAACGGUGUGGACGGUCAUCCAGGGCCAGGAGGCCUUCCUGGCCUGCCAGGAUUGGAUGGCUGUAAUGGAACCCGUGGCAACUUUGGAUACUCUGGCGUCCCGGGACAAGAUGGCUUACCAGGGCCAUCAGGUUAUCCAGGACUUAAAGGAGGGAAGGGCGAUAUCUCGUACAGAGUCAAUUACUUCCCUGGUCUCCCAGGAGACAUCGGUCUGGCCGGACUACCUGGUCGUCCUGGCCUCACCGGGUCUGUGGGGACGUCGGGUCCAAUAGGGCCAGUGGGUCCUUAUGGAAUUGAUGGAGCUCCUGGUCGGCCUGGCGAGCGGGGUCAGUCUGGUGAUAAUGGAAGAUCUUUACCUGGACAUAAAGGAGAUGAGGGUGAUGUCGGGCCCCAGGGCCCUCCAGGUCCCUUUGAAGUUGUGGACCUUCCAGAGGAAUUUUAUGGGAAAGGAGAGAAGGGAGAUCCAGGGCCAAGAGGGGAAGAUGGGUAUAAUGGUGCAGUGGGUUUGCAAGGACCUCUGGGAGAAAAAGGAGAGAAAGGUGUCCGUGGCUACCCUGGAGAAAGAGGUCCUCAAGGGCUUUCAGGGCCACCAGGUUUUCCUGGAUUUAUGGGCCCUGUUGGAGAUGGCGGUCUACCUGGACUCAUUGGACAACCUGGACCCAAGGGCUACAGUGGAGACAUUGGGUUCAAGGGUCAGACUUUUUACAGUCAAGAAGACUACAGAGGAAUGACAGGGGAUCCUGGGGAUCCCGGUCUCCCUGGGCCAUCAGGGGACCCUGGGGACAUGGGGAUGCACGGACCCCCAGGAGAGCGUGGGGUCUUAAUCCCAGGUCCUACUGGAGAGCCAGGUUUCGUGGGUCUACCAGGCCCCCUCGGAGAGAAGGGGGAUCGGGGUGGUGCACCAGACUAUGUUGUGCCUGGAGAACCAGGGAAAAAAGGGCCACCUGGUGCUAGAGGCUCACCCGGACCCCCUGGCCCUGAUGUUUGCGGAAAGGACUGUCUGCCUGGAGAUCCUGGAGCCGAAGGAGAGAAAGGAGACCAAGGUGCACCGGGCAACAGAGGCGAUAAAGGAAUCACAGGUAGUUUCGGUGACUGUCAAUGUCCAAACGAACCUUUUCCUGGUCCCCCCGGAGACAGAGGUUCUCAGGGGCCGAGAGGCGCUCAGGGUAACCCAGGAGCCUCAGGACUCAGUGGCGAUCCCGGGUUCCCAGGCCGCCCGGGUGCGGUCGGUCCAGUUGGCUUUCCUGGAUCUGAAGGUCCGAUAGGAGAAAAGGGUCAGAAAGGUGAAACGGUCUUCGUCAACGGGCCAGGUUUAGAAGGUGAAAAAGGUGAGUCUGGGCCAAGAGGGUCUGUAGGCCGCCGAGGAUUACCAGGCAGGCUGGGAAUCGGAGGCAGUGAUGGACAGCCUGGACCACCGGGGCCUAAGGGAGAAAGUUACCCCGGGGAUAAAGGGGAUGCAGGGCAUCCUGGAUACUUUGGUGCAAAGGGCCUCAGGGGCCCAGAUGGCCCCCCAGGGGCAAGUGUGCUUGGCGCUCCAGGGCUGCGGGGCUUUGCAGGGGAUGAUGGCUCUCCAGGACCAGUCGGACUGCCAGGGCCAAAAGGAAAUCCAGGUGACACCUUCCCCUGCCCUCAAAAGAACCCAGGACCACCUGGGGACAAAGGAGAACGUGGUUCACCAGGUCCCCGAGGGCUUCAAGGCCCCAGUGGGAUCAGAGGACCUCCAGGGUACAACGGCCCCAAAGGAGAGAGGGGAGAACUAGGACAACCAGGACCACGAGGAAGCCUGGGUCCUCCCGGGUUUAGUGGAGAUCCAGGCCAACGGGGUCCAGAGGGGCCCAGCAUCGAUGGCCCCCCAGGCCCGCCCGGCAGCGAUGGUCCCUCCGGACUCAAGGGACCCAACGGGCCCUCCACUUCUGGGUAUCCGGGUCUGAUCGGGGAUAGUGGACGUCCGGGCUUCCCUGGAGCCAUGGGCCUACGCGGACCAACAGGCGCACCGGGUGCACCGGGUUUGCCUGGAAGGAAUGGAGUACCAGGAGGCAAAGGGCAGGCAGGGGCUUACGGCUACAGAGGCAGAGAUGGGCCAAAAGGAGACAGCCCUCUCUCAUGUCCGAACGGUCUAAAUGGCCCACAUGGUCCACCAGGGUGCAAGGGCAAUGAUGGGCAGGCAGGUAAGAAAGGGGAGCCAGGUAUGAAGGGCCUGCCAGGCCCCCCUGGCGAGGGACAGCCUGGGCCUCCAGGGAAGCCCGGAAACCCAGGAGCACCAGGCUUCCCAGGUUCCCGGGGGGAACAGGGGCUAAAUGGAGAAAAUGGACAGCCAGGAUCCUUGGGACCGAAAGGUCCAAAAGGACCAGCCGGUUGGAAGGGGUUGCCAGGGGAUACUGGACCACCUGGUGCUACAGGACUUGCAGGCAGGAAGGGAGAGCGGGGCUCCGAUGGUCGGCCAGGGUUCCCAGGACCCAACGGAGUGCCAGGAGAGAGAGGUGACAAAGGCAUAUCUGGUGAGCCAGGAAAAACCACUUUCAUCCCCAUCAAAGGCUGGCCCGGAUUCCCUGGACUUCCAGGUGCUCCUGGAUUCACAGGACCUCGAGGUGACAAGGGCUUGCCUGGCAAACAGGGCCUGCUGGGCUAUCCUGGCCAAGAGGGAUUCGCUGGCCCCACCGGCCAGCAGGGACGCAGGGGAAGGGAUGGAGCAACUGGAGCACCAGGCCUACAGGGGGGACUCGGGUUUCCGGGCAACAACGGGGAGCCAGGAAGAGAAGGGGAAGUGGGAGAGCUUGGAAAUGAGGGCUGUGUAGGACAACGAGGCCGUGAUGGAGAAGAAGGUCAAAAAGGUGAUCCGGGUGAUUCUAUUAGUUCUCCAGGAUCUCCAGGGGACAAAGGCCCAACAGGUUACAACUCACCACCAGGACCCCCAGGUGACCCAGGUGAGGUGGGUGAUCGAGGUUGCGCUGGCAACAAUGGAACUAAAGGCGAGCCAGGAGCCCGCGGAUAUGCAGGUGUACCAGGAUUUCCAGGUGUAACAGGUCCUCCUGGCAUAGCAGGUAAGCCUGGCACAGAGGGUCCAAUGGGCGAGGUUGGACUGCCUGGGGGUGAAGGCAGACCUGGACUCAAAGGACUCCAAGGUCCUCCUGGGCCAUUGGGACUGCAUGGCCUGGACGGUCUGAAGGGGGUUAAGGGUGAGGUUGGAUCACCAGGGCCUGGGUUUACAGGCCACCGUGGUCCUCCAGGUGCCCAAGGGGAUAAAGCAGAGAGAGGAAAUCCAGGCCCCGCUGGGCCUCGAUUACAGGGUCCCAAAGGCCCCAAAGGCCAGGAUGGAUUCACCGGACCCCCGGGUCCUGGUGGAGCGCCUGGUCUAAAAGGUGAGGAUUGUAAGGAACUCAGAACGGGAGAGUGUGGAGAACAUGGUGUCCCAGGAUCAGAUGGACCACCAGGGCCACGAGGUGACAUGGGUGAUAAAGGGACAGCAAUGCCUAUGCCAGGAGAUGUUGGAACCAAAGGAGACCAAGGUGCCCCAGGGCCGCUUGGAUCGAGUGGCAAUGCUGGACCUCCAGGAGUACCAGGCAUAUCGGGCAACCCAGGACGCAAAGGCGAACACGGAGAAACCGGUUUCAUGGGCUCACCAGGACCCAGAGGUGGUGAUGGGGAUAAAGGGUUUAAUGGAUUCAAAGGCCCGGAAGGGGAAAAGGGAGAGCGAGGUCCUAAGGGGGACCCGGGGCUCAUUAUUGAUCCUCCACAUCCCCGUCCUCUACCUGGGCCUCUGGGGCCUCCUGGUCUACCUGGGCCCACAGGGGACCGUGGGUUCCCCGGCCCUAACGGCAGAGAAGGUGGCAAAGGCCAUAAGGGUGAUGCAGGAGACCCAGGAUAUCCAGGAUCCCCUGGAGCACCAGGGGCUAAUGGGCCUACAGGAAACCAGGGAGAUCAUGGAGACAUAGGAAUAGGAGGACUACAGGGUCCCACAGGAGAGAUCGGUGAUCCAGGAGAUCGGGGACCCCGCAUCACCUACAACUCUGGUUUUCUAUUGGUCAUGCACAGCCAAUCAGAAUCCAUCCCUGUGUGCCCCUCUGAAAUGAAUGAGCUGUGGACUGGAUACAGUCUCCUCUAUUUGGAGGGACAGGAGAAAGCCCACACACAGGACCUUGGCCAGGCCGGCUCCUGCAUGCGCAUGUUCAGCACCAUGCCCUUCUCUUACUGCAACAUGGCCUCCUGCAACCACGCCAGCCGCAACGACAAGUCCUACUGGCUCUCCACCAACGCGCCGGUGCCCAUGAUGCCCGUCGAGGGCCAGGGCAUCCGUUCGCUGAUUAGCCGCUGCGUGGUGUGCGAAGCCCCCUCUGUGCCCAUUGCCAUCCAUAGCCAGGACAGCAGCCUACCCUCCUGUCCGAUUAACUGGAGACCUCUGUGGGAGGGCUACUCCUUCCUGAUGCACACGGGUGCAGGAGAUGAGGGCGGCGGCCAGUCACUGACAUCGUCGGGCAGUUGCCUGCAGGACUUCCGGGCACUGCCGUUUGUGGAGUGCCAGGGCCCGCGCGGCUCCUGCUACUACUUCGCCAACAUCUACAGUUACUGGCUAACCGGCGUGAGCGACAGCGAAGCCAACUUCGGCCACGGCCCCAGCCAGUCCAUACUGAACGACCCGAGAGACCACCGGCAAGUGACCAGCCGCUGCCGGGUCUGCAUGAAGGUGUGACCUGACCCAACCCCCUCCACACCCCACACCCCCCAUCCCCCUCACGCCCACCAACCACACUGAGCAGGCCACACAAAGAGUGGUUGCCCUAAAGGAGGCAUCGGGCAGCGGUGGACUAUGAAAAUUACAGAAGCAGAGGCAGUGAGCAUUCUCAUUUGUUGUCACUUUCCUCCCUCCCCCUAGUUUUCUGUGGCAAGAAGCGACUGUGAACUCAUGGAUGCUCUGUUUUCUUUAAAACACAUUUCUCUGCAAAGAGCAUCUGGCAAAAACAUACUUGAUUUGAUUACCUUUCAAUUUGUGUCUUUUUGUUUCAGACAACAUUUUUUUUUAAAGGCUUAGAUUCUAGGAGCCUCUUAGCAGUGUGUAAUCCUGUGAUGCUAUUGGCUGAUGGUUUGUCAGUCAGUCAAGUGCUGAGUUCUCCAAAGUUAGUCACCCCUAUUUUUAUUGGUUGGGUUGGAGUCAUUUUGGAGUCAUUUCUUCCUUUCCAUAGUAACACAUUCUCCUAAUUGGUGGAUAUUGUCAUUCAGGAACCUCCACUCUGUUUCAUUGGCUCUGCUUCUGCACUGCCUUCGAUGACUUUUGUAAGUGUGUGAAAGCUCAACGAGGAUAAUGAAUACAUCAUGGCUGAACAUAGCUACUGUUAGCGCUAAGCACUUACGCCAUGCCUGUUCCAUUCUGUGAUUUAUGGGCCGCUAACUAGCUGCCCUCUUUGUCCCUCUGUCAGUCAAAGGUGAAUGGCACCUGAAAGAUGUCAUAUUUCCUCUAUUUCUCUCUCACCCUUCUCUCUUCCAACCUGCCUUUCUCUCUCCCUACUCGGUCCAACACAUGGCAAAAGGGGAUACUGAUUGAAGCAUCAUUUGCUUGGGAGAAAAAGCAGUGACGCUCCUUUGAUGUCUGCCCAUUGUCUGUUUAUCUAUCUUCCAAUGUAGGUUACUAUCAUUUUCAUGAUAUAGUGCCUACACACACACACACACACACACACACACAUACUGACACAUACGUAAACACAUGCGGCUCCACAAAGGACAUGAAUGCACACACAUACAUUCAGAUAAAUCCUUUUUGUAAUCAUUGUCUUAGUUUUUUCCUCUUUCAGUUCAUGCGUUUGGAAGCAUUGCUAAUGCUAAUGUAGCUAAGUGGCCUCCUGUCAUCCUCCUGCGAGUCAUGCUCUCCAUCAGGGGUCCUUCUGUCUGGUCUGUCUCUUCUGGUAUAUUCCUCAACCUCUCUGCUUGUUUAUCUGUUUGAAAGAGAGGUGGUGUGUUAUUUUCUCUUUAAGGACUAACAAAAGCCAUUAAAUCAUACUAACACACACACACAUACACACACACACAGACACACACACACCAGGUUGUUUUCAGUACUCGGCAUAUCCACUUUUUGUAUUAACAGGAUUAGAGUCAUGUUAACCCGCUUCUCACUGUUUUAGCCCUAAUGAUAUAUUCUAAUGUAUGUAAAUAUGUUUGCACUGUCAUAAGAACAGGAAUGCUUUAUAUUUUUACUGUAAAUGUCAAAAGUAUUUAUUUAGCUAGUGAUUAUUGUGGUGCUAUUUUGAAAGAAAACAGAAAAGAUUGAUGCACACAUUUACUCUCUCUCUCUCUCUCUCUCUCUCUCUCUCUAUCCCCUGUUCUUUUCCUGCACAGGGAGAGGUGUUUUGCUCUCCUAUGAUUCAGAUUGACUUGUUGUUUUGUCAGUGCUGUUACUUUGAGGAGAGAUGUACAGUGUCAGUGGAAGGGAAGAAGUGAGUCAUAGCAAUCAUGUAGGAGUGCACGUACAUCUAUAUAUUUCCAACAGAUGUGUCGGAUACUAAACGAUGCAAAAGGAAAAGGAAAGUGGGAAGUGGGUCAUGCCUGGGUUUAUAGCAACACACACACACACACACACAAUCUCUCUUGCUGUCUGUCUCUCACACACACAUACAGUACACACACAAACACACAGACACACAUACAGCCACAGACAGGUAAAGCACAGUGUUGCAGUCGUACCUUCAUUCAGCAAUAAAUUGAGUGCGGAGUUGUAUGCCCCAUAUUUUGAAAAAUGCUAUGCAUUUAUUAAAAAAAUGGUCUGGAAACAAAUUUUUGUCAUCCACAUAAGACCCAUAUUUUUAUGAAGCCUAUGUAUGGGAUCAUCAUUUUUUGUCUAUCAGUGUAUGUUAUAUCUACUCUAAUGCAAUGUGCGUCGGUAGAAUAUUGUCAGUAUUUCCAGUGGAGGUUAGAUGAUGAUCAUUCUUGUAAAAGGGCAUAUUAUCUCCCUCUAGCUUAGUGGUCUAUCCUUGCGAGGCAUAACAUAUAGCAUUAUUAGAUUCCUUUAAGUCAGCAUGUCCCCUCUGUUGAUAUGUUAUUUUAUUUUCAGGAAAGUCCAUUGAUCGAUCUGGAUGUCUUGUUCUCUAAAUCUCUGCCUGGGUUUGUGCAAUCCCCCCCCCCAGAAUAAUCAGUGUUGUGCUUGCCGUUAUUUUCGCUGUAGGCCUAGUUCACGUCCGCAUUUUGAAGUGAGAAUGUCCCUCAAAGUUAAACAAGGUUGGAAUCCCUCAAAAAGUUGAAGGACCCCACAUGGCCAAUUUCCAAGUGUGUCUCUCUGACACCUGGCUUAUGGGGAUAAAAUUAGAUAGGUGCUCUCUUUUAGUCGUGUGUAAGAGAGAAUAUUGUCACUUAAUUUAAUUGGGAUGUUGAGGGCCAUUAAGUGGACAAUAGUUGUAUAUGAAAGGUGGAGGAUGUUUUAGAGACCAUUUCAUUCUUGAUUUUCUUCUCAGCUGCAAAACCUGUCUUCUAAUUACUGCAUUUCAUUGCUGUGUCCAGUGGCCACACUCACACACUUGUGCCAAAUUCACUUGCACACACAAAAAAGACUUGAACAUCUUCACCAAUUGGAACACAACCUUUUCCUUCCUCAUAGAACAACACUUUGACUAACACAUAUACACACACACAAACACACAAGCAGAUAUUUAUAUGCAAACACCAGUAUCCUAAAUAAAUCAUUAUGUGAACUGUUUAAAAGUUACAAUAAAUGCAUUUAAUUUCGA